AUGGGGCGGGGCGCGUUUUUGGUGUCGCAGCGUUUCCGGUCCGUCGCUGCCAUCAAAAAAAAAAAAAAAAAAAAAAAAAAAAAAUGGCUUCAGAGAGGAGCACUGAGUCAGAGAUCGAAGUUCCUUGAGGCGAUCUAUUUGGACGAACUUCACCUGACCCAUGACCCUAACAGUGUUGAGCCCUGGCAGGUCAGCAUUACCCUGUUUCCUUCAACAGCUGAGAACCCAGAAUCCCAGUUUGUGAGACUGACUCUGCAUCUCUCACUGCCUGCACAGUAUCCGAAUUCUGUUCCAAAGAUCUCAAUUCAGAAUCCUAGAGGGCUUUCGGAUGAAAAAAUUCGCAGUCUGGAUCACAGUCUGAGGCAGUUGGCUGAGUCUUCAGUGGGGUGCCCUGUCUUGUAUGAGCUGAUAGAGAAAGGGAAGGAGAUUUUGACCAAUAACAAUGUGCCUUAUGGACAGUGUGUAAUCUGUCUGUACAGCUUCCAGGACAGCGAUGCUCUGACCAGGACUGGCUGCUAUCACCACUUCCACUCUCACUGCCUGGGGAGAUACAUCCAGCACAGCGAGAGGGAGAGAGAGGAGAGGAGGAGAGAGGAGAGGAGAGACCGAACUGGAGGGUGCGAGGAGGAGGAGAUGAAAGUCUUGUGUCCCGUGUGCAGAGAACCUUUCACCUAUGACCUCGCAGCUCUGGAGAGGACCCCAGCACCCCAGUUCCCUGUGGAAGAGUUCACUGUGGGGGAGGAGCUACGGAAGAGGUGGGCAGAGCUUACGAAGAUUCUGGAACGCCAGAGGGAAAGGGGCGGGGUUAUUGACCCAGAGGCGGAGCGAAACCGGUUCCUCAUUCGUAUUCAGGAGGUCUCACCUGAAGACCACACCAAAGAGCCAGACUUGCAGAUCCCAGACCAAAACGCUCCCGACUCCACAGCCAAUCAGCUAUCAGCAGCAUCGCGGGGCAGCCAAUCGGAGCCUUUCCUGCCUGAGGGAGAACCCCAGCGUCCCGACCAAUCACGGCCCGGGAAUUCCAAACAGCAGAACACGGGCAACCAAUCGAAAUCGACAGCCAGAUACCAGGAACAGUUGGACAGCCAACUACAGGGCAGGGGCCCCAGGAGGCAGGGCCAGUGGGAGGGGCGGGGAGGAGGAGGGAGGUGGAAGGCCCGCUCACGUCCGCCCCAGAGCCAAUCAGUGAAGCCUCAUCGGACGAACAGCCAAUUGGAAGGCAAGGGGCUGGAAAAGGGCGUCCAAUCGGAAGGGAGGAUAGAGAUUGGAAAUUCCAGAGAUCUCAGACCUUUGCAGAAUGGACAGGGCGGCAUUUACGGAUUUGAGGAAUGUCCUGCUGCUUCAAAUUUUGACCGUAGAGCUCGGAAGGAAGGAUUUUGGAAUUCGGAAUUGGGAGGGGGAGGGAGAGGGAAGGGAAGGGAGAAAAACCUCAGGAAAAAUUGGGAUAGCAUUGACCAGAGUGGGACAGGAGAAGCUAGGAGGCCAGGGGUAGAGAGGAUAGAGAGGACGGAUUCAGCUAAAAGCGACCAAUUGGAGAGGAGAGAGCUGGACAAAACGAACCAAUCGGAGAGCUUAGAGACGAGAGAUUCGGAUAGCAGUAACCAAUCGCAGACAGGAGGGGCCCCGAAAUACCCAAACCAGUGCAAGAGAGAUUCAGACCAAUCAGAGAAGGCGAUUAACAAGAGUGACAGCUGUGGCGGCCAGUUGGGUGCAGCCCAGGAGACAGGGAGCCAAAUCGACCAAUCAGGAGCUAAGGGCUUCUUGGGGAGAGAUUUGGACCAAAACCGAGGCAGAGUUUGGAAAUGGGAUGAUUUUAACCCAACGGAAAAGGAGGGAUGGAAGAGGGGGCUGGAGGGGUGCAGAUUGGGGAGAGGAGGAGGGGGGAGGAGAGAGGGAGACAGAGAGGGGUUCAGCCAAUCAGAGGUGAGCGGUAAGGGGAGAGGCAGGGGGAGGAGUCAAGGGGGAGGGGGCGGAUCCUGUGAUAAUCGUUAUUAUCAUCAUCAGAGGGGGGGAGGAGCUAGAGGAACAGAGAGAAGGGGGGGGUUGGGAGAGAGGAGGCAGAGAGGGGAGGAGGUGGGGCCAGUGUGAGGGGUGGAAAGAGUCUACAGAAAGGAGUGAGGGUGGAGGGGAAGAGGCAGUGUGUGAAGUUGAGGAGAGAGGGAUAGGAGAGAGAGGGGAACUGUGCUCACUUUGUCACAAUUAAAGGUACUGUACCCCAAUUAAUAAAAUAGUCAGCAUUUGAAAACAGAAACUAAUGUGGACUGUCUUAAUAUCACAUCAGGUAACUGUCUAUCUGUCAAUAGGGUGUACAGCAUGGGAUUGAUUCACCU